AUGACGCAGCUAUUUUUAUGUAGAUUGUACCUUUUGAAGACGGUGGUGUCAGUAGAACUUAUCUGUUCAAGAUGCAGGCAGAAGGUGAUGAAAUUAAUUGCAGCCAUUGAAGGAGUUACUUCGAUAGUGCUGGAUCCGGCCAAAAACACAGUGACAGUGAUUGGGGAAGCUGAUCCCGUGAGGAUCAUCAAGAAUGUGAGAAAAUUCAGGAAAUCAGCCGCAAUCGUGAGCAUUGGUCCUUCCAAAGAAGAGAAGAAGGAAGAAAAGAAAGAGGAGAAAAAGGGCACCACCGAGGCUCCGAAACCGUGCCACAGAUGCAGUGUAUGGUAUGUGAUUCCUGAAGAUAAUUAUAGUUACUGUUCCAUCAUGUGA